AUGAACGAACGACAGCGAUCGAUCCUCCUCAAGUCCUCAUCUCGAUUCCCACCUCCCCAAGGAGUGAGGCUAUCCUACGGUACGGCGGGGUUCAGAGCCGAUGCUUCGGUGCUGCAAUCGACGGUGUAUAGGGUUGGGAUAUUGGCGGCGCUGAGAUCUCUGAAGACACAGUCAGUGAUCGGAUUGAUGAUCACUGCUUCGCAUAACAAGGUGUCCGAUAAUGGAGUCAAAGUGGCUGAUCCGAGUGGUGGAAUGUUGGCUCAGGAUUGGGAGCCCUUUGCUGAUUCCAUUGCCAAUGCCCCUGAUCCCCAGAGUUUCGUCCAGUUGAUAUGUGACUUUGUGAAGAAGGAAAACAUUCCACUAGAGGCAGUAAAGACCACAGGGAUACUAGUGGGAAGAGACACAAGGCCUAGUGGAGAGUCUCUUCUUGAGGCUGUGAAAGAAGGAGUCAGUUCAAUAGUUGGAGUUGUUGCCAUUGACAUGGGAAUUUUAACAACCCCACAAUUGCAUUGGAUGGUCCGUGCUAGAAAUAAGGGAAUGGAAGCAUCUGAACUUGAUUACUUCAACCAGCUUUCGGGCUCUUUCAGGUGCUUGAUGGAUUUGUUACCCCAAGGCAAUAAAACCAAUGAAAUGCAUACAAAAUUAAUUGUAGAUGGCUCAAAUGGUGUGGGUGGGGAAAAGCUUGAAAUUCUGAUGAAGAUGUUGACUGGAUUAAAUAUGGACAUUCGUAAUUCUGGUAAAGAAGGUGUACUCAAUGAAGGAGUUGGUGCUGAUUAUGUGCAAAAAGAGAAGGUUGUUCCAUGUAGUUUUGGAUCUGCCGAUGUUGGGAUAAGGUGUGCAAGCUUGGAUGGGGAUGCUGAUCGGCUUGUAUAUUUCUCUUGUCUAGCAAAUAGUAACAAGAUUGACCUUGUUGAUGGGGACAAAAUAUUGUCUCUGUUUGCUUUAUUUAUCAAAGAGCAACUAAGAAUCCUGAACGAGGUGGAAACUGAAAAAGUAGAAAAGUAUCAUCAAGCACAUCUUGGAGUUGUGCAGACAGCUUAUGCAAAUGGAGCAUCCACUGCUUAUCUCAAACAGCUGGGACUUGAAGUCAUAUUAACUCCCACGGGAGUGAAAUACUUGCAUGAAAAAGCUGCUGAGUUUGAUAUUGGGAUAUAUUUUGAAGCCAAUGGGCAUGGAACCAUAUUGUUCUCAGAACAUUUCAUACGCUGGUUAGAGGAUAGAAGUGACAAGCUUUCUUUGACAUCGAAAGGUUCAGAACAGCAAAAGGCUGCUUUGAGACUAAUGGCAGUCACUAAGUUGAUCAAUCAGGCAGUGGGAGAUGCUCUUAGUGGGUUACUUUUGGUGGAGGUUAUCUUACAACACAUGGGAUGGUCAAUCCAUCAAUGGAAUGAGCUGUAUGAGGAUUUACCCAGCAGACAGCUUAAGGUAAAGGUUCUUGACAGAACUGCAGUUGUCACAGCAAACGCAGAAACUGUAGCUGUGAAGCCCCUUGGUAUCCAAGAAGCCAUUAAUGCGGAAAUAGCAAAAUACCCUCGAGGCAGAUGUUUUAUACGGCCAUCUGGAACAGAGGAUGUGAUAAGAGUAUACGCAGAGGCAAUCACGCAGGAAGCAGCAGACGACCUUGCCAAUUCAGUGGCAAGACUGGUAGACCAGUUUCUUGGUUUCAGCAGCUCACACUGA